AUGACCGUGAUAUCUAAGCAAGAAGUCCAAGGGGCGAUCGAUGAGUAUAUCGCUGCCUUGCACCCCUCUCUGCGCGAGUUGAAUCUCAAGAUUCACCAAUGCCCAGAGUUGGCUUACAAAGAACGUCGUUCCCACGAUAUACUGUGUGAAUUCCUCGAAUCGCAGGGAAUUCCCACUACCCGCCAUGCCUACGGUCUAGAGACAGCAUUCGAAGCCCUAGUUGGGGAUCCCCCUGGCCGCCGUGUCAAUUUCAACGCCGAAUACGAUGCCUUGCCUGAGAUCGGACACGCGUGCGGUCACAACCUCAUCGCGACUGCCAGUGUCACCGCAUUUCUAGGCUUGGCCUUCGCUAUUAAGAAAUUCGGUCUUCCGGGGCAAGCACAGUUGCUGGGAACACCUGCCGGGGAAGAUGGGGGAGGUAAAAUUGACCUCGCCCUUAAGAAGACCAGUUUAUCUCUAAUGAUGCACCCUAUGUCAGACGAAGAAUUCAUAGAGGACAGAAUCUUAGGAAUUGCAGGUCAAUCCUGCAACUCCUGCUACGACAUCAUUGCGAUCUACCACGGUUUCAGCGCCCAUGCCGCGGCCAGUCCCUGGGAGGGAGUCAACGCGCUGGGCGCCGUCGUAGCUGCUUACAACAACAUUUCCAUGCUACGACAACAACUCCGCCCAGACGAGCGAGUGCACGGGGCAAUUCUGCAAGCGCCCAGCAUCACCAAUGCCAUUCCCGAACUCACCCGCACGAAACACAGAAAUACACCAUUCGUAGUCGUACAAUCGAACGAACCCCGAUUGCUCGGGGCUCGCGUGCGUCAAGUGGGUUUCACAGAGUAUAUUAAUGGCCAGGGAGUACGGCUUCGGACGAUCGAUGAGGGCCUGAUGGCUGGAUCCACCGACCAGGGAAAUGUAUCACAGAUAGUGCCGGCUCUGCAUGCCUUGGUCCGCAUUCCGGUCAGUAAUGGCGUUAAGAACCAUACGCAUGAGUUUACAGACGCAGCUGAAAGCGACGAUGCGCACCAGAGGACUGUUAUAGCUGGGAAAGCCAUGGCGAUGACGGGACGGGGGAUUUUGAUAGACGAGGGGUUUUACCGAGAUGUGAAGGAUGCCUUACCAGUGGCAAAGGGAGCUUCGCACUGA